AUGGCUGCUCAGACUACCGAGAAGCUGCAGAAGCUCGACCUGAACGGUCAGAGCGGUGACGCGAAGGCGGACGCCCCUGCCGCCGGUCAAGCAGAAGCUGGCGAAGCGGAAGAAGAUUCAGAUGAUGAAAAGGACGAUGGAAAUGCUGCUCCUGAAGCCGGCGCUGGCGGAGCUGCUAAGAAGAAGAAGCGCAAGUCGAAGAAGAAGAAGAAGGGCGGUGCCAAGGUCCAGAGCUCUCCUCCACGCGUUCCGGUGUCGAACCUGUUCCCCAACAACCAGUACCCCGAGGGCGAGAUUGUCGAGUACACGAACGAAAAUUCUUACCGCACAACCAACGAGGAGAAACGGUAUCUCGAUCGCAUGAACAAUGACUUCCUGCAGGAGUACCGCCAAGCUGCCGAAGUGCACCGCCAGGUCCGCCAGUAUGCGCAGAAGAACAUCAAGCCCGGCCAGACCUUAACGGAGAUCGCAGAGGGUAUCGAGGAUGCAGUCCGCGCUUUGACCGGACACCAGGGUCUUGAAGAGGGUGAUAACUUAAAGGGUGGCAUGGGUUUCCCUUGCGGUCUGAGCAUCAACCACUGUGCGGCUCAUUACACUCCCAAUGCGGGCAACAAGAUGGUUCUGCAACAGGGAGAUGUGAUGAAGGUCGAUUUUGGCGCUCAAAUUAACGGCCGUAUCGUUGAUAGCGCCUUCACUAUGACUUUUGAUCCGGUCUAUGAUCCUUUGCUGGAGGCCGUCAAGGAUGCUACCAACACUGGUAUUCGGGAAGCCGGUAUCGAUGUGCGCAUGAGUGACAUCGGCGCAGCCAUCCAAGAAGCGAUGGAGAGUUAUGAGAUCGAACUCAACGGAACAAUGUACCCCGUGAAGUGUAUUCGAAACCUUAACGGUCACAACAUUGACCAGCACGUCAUCCAUGGCGGCAAGAGUGUGCCUAUUGUCAAGGGUGGUGACCAGACCAAGAUGGAGGAAGGUGAAACUUUCGCCAUCGAGACUUUCGGUAGCACCGGAAAGGGCUACGUGAGGGAAGAUAUGGAAACCUCUCACUACGCCCUGGUCCCUGAUGCGCCUUCAGUUCCUCUGCGGCUCUCGUCCGCCAAGAACCUACUCAAUGUUAUCAACAAGAACUUUGGCACCUUGCCCUUCUGCCGUCGGUACCUUGACCGAUUGGGCCAGGACAAGUAUCUUCUGGGGUUGAAUAACCUCGUAUCAUCGGGCAUUGUGCAAGACUAUCCUCCUCUCUGCGAUAUCAAGGGCUCCUACACCGCUCAAUUUGAACAUGUACAGAUUCCAUCACACUCUCAUCCUUGA